AUGUCGGGAGUCAACUUCAAGGAAAUGCUGCAACAGUAUGCUCACGAAGAGUCGAGUGCCUCUACAGCCACUGUCGGCCCAAUGCGCGUCUUGCGGCCACGAGCACGCCCGACUUCAAUGACGACGAAUUCAAAAGAGAAAAAUACCCGUUCUGAUCACUCCGCUGAGAAACCAAAGUCUGCACCUAUUACCACAAAGUCGUCAAAGAAACGAAAGGCCCCGAGCAAGUAUGCGCCACCAUCCAAGUAUCAACACCUCAGCCCUCUUACCGACAUCCUCGCUCCAGACCUGAUAGCGGUCUUCGUGGGCACCAAUCCCGGCAUACGCACAGCAGCACAAGGACAUGCAUACGCACAUCCUUCGAAUCAAUUCUGGAAGCUCCUUCACUCCAGUGGCUGCACUGAUGAACGACUACGCCCGGACCAAGACGUCGAGCUGCCAGCUCGUUACCUUCUUGGUAAUACUAACAUCGUAGAGCGACCCACCAAAGAUGCUGCCGAACUCAGCAAGGCCGAGAUGAGUGAUGGUGCCCCUGUUCUGGAAGACAAAUGUCGUGAAUGGCAACCUGAGUGCGUUUGCAUUGUCGGCAAGGGUAUCUGGGAGGCUGUUUUCCGCCAUCGUCACGGCAAGAACCCCAGCAAAGCCGAGUUCCAUUGGGGCUGGCAGGAUGAAAAAGAGAAUAUCGGCCGUAUCGCUGAUAUUGGAGAGGAUGGGUAUCAAGGCGCCAAGGUCUUCGUCACGACUAGCACGAGUGGUCUUGCCGCGAGCCUUAAGCCUGCUGAAAAGGAAGCUAUCUGGAAACCAUUCGGAGAUUGGUGUAAAGAGAGAAGAGUCGCUCGGAACUGGCCACCUGCUCAACCACAUGGUCAGGCGCAAGAUCUAUCGGAAGGUUAA